AGUGGGGGUUCCCGUAUGUCAACAACUCAGCUUCCUGGAGACCAAAAAAACCACAAGCCCAGAGAGCGAGAGGCAUGAGAAAGAGACUGAGGCAGAGAGAGUGAGCAAGCAACUAGAGAAAAAGAGGAAGAGUGAGGCAGAGAGAGUGAAGGAGAGGAAGGAAGGGAAGGGCCCAUCGCCCUCAGGAUGGUUCAUCUUUCCGGCCGGUGUGGAUGACUGAGCUGGGACCAGACAUGCCGCUUCUCAUGGCCGUCAUUGGCUGCCUGACGGCUGCUAUCUCAGGCCAGACCACUCUGAACUUUCCUGCCUCAUCUGAAAAACUGGACAAUGUCCACAGCAUGGGAAACUUGACAUCACAUAUUGGAAAGAAGCCUGUCCGUCUGGUGAAUAGGACUGGCCUUUGCAGUGGCGCGGUGCAGGUCAAGAUGUCAGGGUCCUGGCAGCCUGUCUGUGAGGACUUCUGGAGCAACAGGGCCAGCCUCGCUGUCUGCAGGGAGCUGAAUUGUGUGAGGAUGGAGCCAGUGGUGCCUACUGUGACUCCAGCCCCAGAGAGACCAGAGCACCUCCCUGUGGGGAACAGGAGUGAGUUCCUCAACGACACCUGGGGCUCCCCUCUGCCUGUGUUCUGCGACCAGGGAGGCUGGGAAAGAUGCCAGGUACAGCCCUCUGCAUGCACCAGCGGGAGAUCAGCCAAGGUCGACUGUGCAGAGGUCCACGCCGUGAGGCUGGUGGAUGGAGGUGAUCGCUGUGCAGGUCGGGUAGAGUUGAAGGACAAAGGCUCCUGGGGGACUGCAUGCGACGAUGCCUGGGACCUGGCGGAUGCAAACGUUGUGUGCAAGCAGCUUGGCUGUGGUUGGGCUGUCGAGGCCCUGGAAGGCUCAUACUUCCAGAAGGGCGAAGGGCCCAUCCACCUGGAUGAGGUGAAUUGCUCUGGGAGUGAGCUCUCUCUGUGGGAGUGCCCGGCCCAGAGAAACCAUGACUGCGGUCACAAGGAGGAUGCUGGCGUGGUUUGCUCAGGCUCUCGGACCUUUAAUAUGUCACUGAUUCCCAAGACCUCCUCAAGUCCUCAGUUACCCACAACAGCAUCCUUUGUGCCCAUUGGAAUGCAAAAGAAGGAGCUUCGGGAGCAGCUCCUCCUCAUCUUCUGCAUCAUCCUAGGAAUUCUCCUCCUGGUGUCCCUCAUUGCUCUGACUUUCAUCUUUCUGAAGGCUAAAGGAAAGUAUGCACUCCCAACCAUGGAAAAUCAUAAUCAGCGGACAUCCACGGCCACCCUCGGAGGCAACAAUAGCUACCAGGAGGUCUCUAUCAUCAUCCCCAAAGAGGAAGCACCCAAGCCCUCCCUGCACGUGAAAGCCCCGCCCUCAAAGGACUCCGACUCCGACUCGGACUCUGAACGCUAUGAUUUCCACACCCAGCCCCCAGUGCCCCUCUCCACCUUCUAUAACUCCCAGAAGCACCGGGUGACUGAGGACAUGGCCCAGCAGAACAGAUUCAGGAUGCCCCCGCUGCAGGAGGAUGCCCCUGCCCCAGCUCUCAGAAUUACCAGAGGCACAGCAGUGAGUCCAGCACAUCUUCUGGGGAAGGUUACUGCAACAGUCCCACCAGCAGGCUGCCUCGAUCCGACUUCCCAGGCUUUUCUUCAGAGAGGAUCCAGUCCCUGGAGCAGCCUCCUAACCUGGAGCUGGCAGGGUCCCGGGCCACUCUGCCUGAUGUCCGUCUCCUGGCUUCUCAGAACUGUCCGCGGCACAACAGUGAAUCCAGCACCUCUUCUGGGGAAGAUUACUGCAACAGUCCCACCAGCAAGCUGCCUCGAUCCAACUUCCCAGGCUUUUCUUCAGAGAGGAAACUUCUGGAGCCGCCUCCCAACCUGGAGCUGGCUGGCUCCCGGGCCACUCUGCCUGGAAGCCACUCUAGAGUCGUUUCAGCAGGACCAGCGGCCGAGGACAGCUCCAGCACCUCCUCUGGGGAGUGCUAUGAGAAUUUUGGCUCAUCUCAGGAGCCUCCUACCCUGCCCUUUAUGUGUCCAGAGCCACCUACCACAGCAGUGAUGGGUAGUCAUGAAGAUGAUUCAUCUAGCGAAGAUUAUGAUGACAUUGGAGCUUCAUAGAGCAAGACCCAGAGAGAGAGAAGGAAGGAUACCUGUGGAUUACUGCGUCACCUGCCUCCCAUUCCUGCCUUCCUACCUUCCCUCCUAGAUCACCCAGAGCCACAAAACCAUACGGAUUCAGUUCUGGGAAUCUACCAAUUUGGAGCAAAAAAUCCCAUUCCCUACCCUGAGCUAAACAGUCUCCACCCUGCAAUUCCUGACCCUCAAACCAAUUAACAUUAGCUAAUAUGUCUUGACCCUACAAACCUAUGCCUGUGCUCUGGAUGAUGGGAGGAGAAUCCCAGGUCUGGAAGGAGCCUCAGCAGCCAUCUUCUCUGACACAGACUUCACCAAAAAUCCUUCCUAUGACAUUGCCAACAAAUGGUCGUGUAGCCUCCCCUUGACGGUCUCCAGUGGGGGGAAACCUGUUAUCUUCUGAGAUGGCCCGUUCCACUUUUGGACAGCUCAACUUGCUAUGAAGUUCCUCCAGACAUCAAGCCUAAAUCUGGCCCUCUGACCCCAGCCCCACGCUUCCAUCACCACUGCUCCUCAUUCCAUCCUCUAGAGCCAAGCAGAACAAUCCUUCUACCCUGUGACAUUGAAGAGACUUUUCAUGUCCUCUGUGUCUUCUUUUGUCAAAUGUAAAUACCCCAAGUUCCUUCAGCUGGUCCUCACGGGGCCCCCUUGCCCUUGCCAGCAUGCCCCUCACUGAUUAGGGAGGUCUUCAUUCUCAGGCGGGUUGCCCUCAAGUUGUCCCCAUAGUAUCACAGGACAAGGGCUUGAUUUUGAAAAAGAGGACCUGGGGUUGGAUCCUGGCUCUGCUACUAUCUACAGGCCCUUGGGCAAGUCACUUCUCUCUGAGCCUCAGUCUUCUCAUCAAAAAGGGGGAUUGAACUAGAUGAUCUAGAAUAUCCCUUUGAGCUCAAAAUCCUAUACUGUAUCAUUGCUAAGAUGCUGACUGUUGCCCUCUGCCCAAGGCUUUCCCAACCUCCCUAUUAUAAUAGUACCUGCUAAGCACGGCAGAAGCCAUAGCAGGAGCCAGACCUAUGGGGAGUUCCUCAGGGCACCAUCCCUGGGAAUCCCAGGAGGCACCAGUGCUUCCAGUGGAGACCUUGUCUCGUACCUGGAGAGAGACUGCUUCUCCCCAGCACACUGUCAGUUCCCAAGAAGCAGGGGCCAUGUGCCUGGGCCAGAAGAUACAUUCAAGUGGAUGCUGAUGGAGGAAGGGUGAAACAGGAACCCACAAUUCCUUCCCAUCCCCCUCUAGAUGAGACUUGCAGAGGUCAGUUUUAUUUUCCCAUUGGUAAAAAAAAAAAAGAAUGUAGCUUCCAGAGAAAUGACCAUUGUCCAUAGUUUUCCCUCAAUCCCUGGAUUGAGUCCCAGAGAAUCAGGAGAAGAGACUGAGUCACUCAUUCCUGACUACCCUAAAAAUAAAUGAGCUUUCUAAGCAAAAAA